GCAGUUGGCCCGCCAAGGUCACACUGAACCCGGAUUGUUGUUGUUUUGCUUUGCUUAUAAAUUGCUGGAUAUUUCCAUAUUAGUGCUCAUUUUUUGUUGUUCCCGCAAGCGAAUUGUCGCUCUCCAGUAAUCCAGAUCCACUGCAACUCGAUCCCCCCGAUAGCCGGAACAAAGUGCCCGAUACUCGCCAACGACGCAAUUGUGAUUUGGCAAUGUUAUCAUUGUGACCCAUCCAAUUGAAGAGCAACAACAACAAAUAACCGAAGUCAGCGGUCAAAAUGCAGCGCCUGCACUUUCCUCUGCUGGCGUCGCUGCUCCUGCUCCCCGGGAUUCUCGGCCUGUCGCAGGUGUCCGCCGAGGAGGAGGUCAACAUUGUCCACUAUCAGCCGGAGCAAGUGCAUCUGGCCUUUGGAGAACACACCGAUAGCGAGAUAGUCGUCACUUGGUCCACGCGCAGCCUGCCGCCGGAUCAGGAAGUGGGUGCGCCCAGCGUGGUGGAGUACGGCCAGCUGGUGGCCGGACAGGCCAGGCUCACCCAACAGGCCAGUGGCUCGGCCACCAAGUUCGUGGACGGCGGCCACAAGCAGGCCACGCAGUUCAUCCACAGGGUGACGCUUAGGGAUCUAGAACCGAAUGCCACGUAUGCCUACCAUUGCGGCAGUGCCCUUGGCUGGUCGGCGAUAUUCCAGUUCCGCACGGUUCCCUCUGAAUCCUCCGACUGGUCGCCAUCGCUGGCCAUCUACGGGGAUAUGGGCAACGAGAAUGCCCAGUCCCUGGCCCGAUUGCAGGAGGAGACGCAGCGCGGCAUGUACGAUGCCAUCAUCCAUGUGGGUGACUUUGCCUACGACAUGAACUCGCACAAUGCGCGCGUGGGUGAUGAGUUUAUGCGUCAAAUCGAGACGGUGGCCGCCUAUCUGCCGUACAUGGUGGUGCCCGGCAACCACGAGGAGAAGUUCAAUUUCUCGAACUAUCGGGCCCGCUUCAGCAUGCCGGGAGGCACGGAGAACCUGUUCUACAGCUUCGACCUGGGACCAGUUCACUUUGUGGCCAUCAGCACGGAGGUCUACUACUUUCUCAACUACGGACUCAAGCCGCUGGUCUUCCAAUUCGACUGGCUGCGCGAGGAUCUGGCCAAGGCCAAUCUGCCAGCGAAUCGAGCCAAGCGUCCCUGGAUCAUCAUCUAUGGCCAUCGGCCCAUGUACUGCAGCAACGAGAACGACAACGACUGCACCCACUCGGAGACGCUCACUCGCGUCGGAUGGCCCUUCGUCCACAUGUUUGGACUGGAGCCGCUGCUCUACGAGUUCGGCGUGGACGUGGCCAUCUGGGCGCACGAGCACUCGUACGAGCGACUCUGGCCCAUCUACGAUUACGAGGUGCGCAAUGGAACGCUGAAGAAGGACUCGCCGUACGAGGAUCCACGUGCUCCGGUGCACAUCGUCACCGGAUCCGCCGGCUGCAAGGAGGGCAGGGAGCCGUUCAAGGGCAAGAUUCCCGAGUGGAGCGCCUUUCACAGUCAGGAUUACGGCUAUACGCGGCUCAAGGCCCACAAUCGCACUCACCUGCACUUUGAACAGGUGUCGGACGACCAGAACGGCGCCAUCAUCGAUGAAUUUUGGCUGGUGAAAUCCAAGCACGGCAGCUACCAGAAUUAAACACACUCUAAUCUGAUUCGAAUCAAUCCAAAGCUAAAGGAGUCUCCAGGCAACAUCACGCAUCAAUAGCAACUGGCAGUAUUAGUAGCGCACAUUCGCAUUCGCACCUGAAUCGAUCACAAAACUAUAGCAAUAAGCCUUCCUAUCGGAAUAUCUCAGCCCCAGACACGAAACAAACUACUGUUUUUUACUUAGCCAAUUUUACAAUCCCAGCAUUUAAAACGAGCAGUUGCGGAGAUCUUUGAAUUUAUUCUUAGGCUUCACUCUGUUUUACAUCGGUUACUCGGUUUCUGCAUGGUGGAAGUGAUUUAGAUUUAUUAAUAAUAUAUUUAAAAGGGUUUUUAUCCUACAAUUGAUUGUUCUAAAACAAUGUUAUAUCUUAACUUUACAGAGGUUCGAUUGUUUUUCCAUGGUUCGGGACCUUAAGGGACCUUGCCUUUUUAUGAACUUUUAAUAUUAUUCCUUAGAUUUGAUCAUUUCCAUUUUAAAUCACUUUAAAAGGGUUUAUAUCCUACAAUCGAUUGUUCUAAAACAAUGUUCUAUCUUAACAUUACAGAGGUUACAU